ACUUGAACAAAUCAGAGCCGGGUUCGAUAGGUCCGAUUAACAGCUGCUUGUUUUAGCAUUACCUUAUUGGCUGCAGCUCUGGAAUUGAACCUGGCCGUUCGUUUCUAUGAGUUUCCAAACUUCCGCGUGUAAAGUUAAAUGCUAAAACCACAACUACAUAAAGAAAAUUAUCUGUCGGUCAACCCUUAUCAUAACCCAGUGUUUAACUAAACUCACCCUCAUCGCCAUGGCUGUCACUCAAUUCCUCCCUAAAGAAUACGGAUAUGUCGCUAUUGUUCUCGUCUUUUACUGUUUUACUAAUUUCUGGAUGUCCUUCCGAGUUGGCAAAGCCCGCAAACAAUAUAAAGUGCCUUAUCCAACCAUGUAUGCUACAGAAUCGGAAAACAAAGAUGCAAAGUUGUUUAACUGUGUUCAGAGGGGACAUCAGAACUCUUUGGAAUUGAUGCCUAUUUUCUUCUUGUUGAUGAUUUUGGGAGGUAUUAGUCAUCCUUGUAUAUGUGCUGCACUUGGCUCCUUUUAUAUUGUCACUCGGAUUUUCUAUUUCAACGGAUACGCUACUGGUGAUCCUCAAAAGCGCCUCACCAUUGGGAAAUAUGGAUUUCUGGCUUUAAUGGGACUUAUGCUAUGCACACUUUCGUUUGGGAUACAGCAGCUUCGUGGAUAAAUAGUCUUUAAUUUUGCAUGACUUGCUAUCUCCUUACAUCCUCUUUUUAUAUGUUUUUCCUUUUGCUUGGAAAAGACUGCAGUUUGUGUUCUAUAUUAUGAAAUUAUUAUCGGGAAAGAUUGUUAAAUUAUAAAGGUAUUUUGAUGGUA